UUUGCCUUGUUUGAGGAUCUCUCUGUCUUAUCACGGGCUGAGUUCACCAAGUCCCCACACUUCGAUACAUCCAAAUCCAUCCUCUUCAUCGCUCUUCUGUUCCUCCUUUUUCUAUCAGAUUGCUUCUCUUCUCUUCUCCAACUCUUCUUCUUCUUCUUCUUCUUCUUCUUCUCUUCAAGAGAUUUGGAUACUUGUUGCAAAAUCCUCACUGGCAUUGUCUUCUUUCUCCAUCUCUGAUGUCCCUCUCAUUGCCACUCUGGUUGUCAAUCCAGAGAAAGCUAACCUCUGAUUUUGGUAAGUGAAGGAACAGCCUUUCUUUUUCUCUCUUGGAAAAACAAUUUGAAAUUUCCAAAGAAAGACUGGUCACUCGAUUUUUUGGAGCUUUCAGAAUGGUCGAGGUUUCGAUGCAGAGCCAAAUUGCAGGCACUGAUAAAACAGGUACUGUGAUUUUGGAUAUCGAAAACCUUGCUCUGCCGGCCGAUAAAUGCUGCUCUGGAAGUCCAAAGAUGAAACGAGCACACUCUCGAAAAGGUUCAUGCCGCGUGGACAGACGGAAAGGUGAAGAACAAGAGCCAGAUGAAACACCGAAAAAGCUCAUGGUUAAAGUGGUGCCGUCCCAGCUGGAAUUGUCGAAGCAGCCAUUGGCACCAAACAAGGUAACAACUCCAUUAAAUAGCCCUUGUCUGCCGGAGACUGUUGACAGUAGACAUAAACGAUUUAGUCGUUUGACAACCAUUCAUCCGAAGAAAAUCCUCCUAUUUUUCGCUACAAUGUCGAGCAUGGGAACGAUGAUUCUGAUUUAUUUUACGCUCGGCAUUUACCGAAGAGGUGGCAUUUAGAGGUGGCAUUCAUUUAUCAUAAUCAAUGGAAUUCAUGGUUUGAAUCUAUCUCUGAUUUGGGUGAGCUAUGUAUAAAGCUUGAAGGGAUUGAAUUUUCUUUUUUUUUUGGAGUUCUCAUUCAUUGUUGCAUCUCAUUGUCAGUUGAGUGUUCUUGACAUCAUGAAUUGAAUGUAUUCAUAUUGCUAUUGAUUGGAACAUGGUAAAAGUUUGGUUACAU